GCCCCUAGAGCCUUUUAUAACAUUGCUCAGUAUAAUAUAGCUUCCAUUUAUGUAGGCCCAAACCGACCAUUUAGAGUUUGAAGUAGAUGCUUUGCUUCAUUUGCUAAUCGAUUAGUGAGCCAAGCAAAGUCUGCAAAAGUGAUUUUUGUUUGUUCACACACUAUACCGCUCACUAUGAAUCGAAGACCUCCCAUAAGACUCCUCCGUGUUCCAACUUCCUACUUGGUUCUUGUAGUUAGAUUACGCAUGAGCUGACGCUGCUGCUUAUAUAACAUAUUAACAUGCACACCUUUUUCGCCAUCUUAUCACCACAACCUUCUCAUGGGGCAUUGACCCACAUUUCAGCCAUAAAUCUUCUAUGGGCUCCUAGCAACAAGAGAUCUUUUAUUCCUUCACCUCACACGACCGGUGGGAUCAAUGAAUUUCAAAACUUGUCCAAGGAAGUUUGUUCUAGUCCAGCAUCCGGGGUUAGAAAUAUCAUAUGGCUACAGAGGAAGUGCAGUUCAAGCAUUUCAUCAAUCUUGACUGAUGGCAGUUCAACCAUGGCUGAUGCUGAGAAAGAAAUUGAAAGUAUCCACCUUCUUAGCCUGGACCACGGAUUGCAACCAUAUGGAGAUCACUUUAGAUAUAGAAUGAAGAAGUAUGUCCACUGGAAAAGGAUAUUAGAAAAUAAUGAAGGAGGUCUUGAGGAAUUUUCUCUAGGAUAUUUGAAAUUCGGGUUUACCAAAGGAAAUGGUUGCAUCGUCUAUCGGGAAUGGGCUCCUGCAGCUCAGGAAGCUGAAUUAAUAGGCGAUUUUAAUGAAUGGGAUGGGUCCCAUCACCAGAUGGAAAAAAACCAGUUUGGUGUAUGGAGCAUAAAAAUUCCUGAUGAUGAUGAUGGAAACACAGCUAUUUUACACAAUUCUAGAGUUAAGUUCCGUUUUAAGGAUGUGAGCGGAAUUUGGGUUGAUAGAAUUCCUGCCUGGAUAAAGUAUGCUACAGUAGACCCUACAAAGUUUGCUGCACCUUAUGAUGGCGUGUACUGGGACCCACCAGCUUCUGAAAGGUAUGAUUUUAAAUGCCCCCGUCCUCCUAAACCCAAGGCCCCAAGGAUAUACGAAGCUCAUGUGGGUAUGAGUAGCUCAAAACAUCAUGUAAACUCAUACAGAGAAUUCGCAGAUGAUGUUUUACCCCGUAUAAAGCAAAACAAUUAUAACACAGUCCAGUUGAUGGCUAUAAUGGAGCAUUCCUAUUAUGCAUCGUUUGGAUAUCACGUUACAAACUUCUUUGCAGUAAGCAGUAGGUCCGGAACACCAGAUGACCUUAAGUAUCUGAUUGACAAAGCACAUGGGUUAGGCUUAAGGGUGUUGAUGGAUGUUGUUCACAGUCAUGCUAGUAACAAUGUCACAGAUGGUCUAAAUGGCUAUGAUGUUGGGCAAGGAUCACAAGAGUCCUAUUUUCAUAGUGGAGAACGAGGCUACCAUCAGUUGUGGGAUAGCAGACUCUUUAACUAUUCUAGUUGGGAAGUUUUGCGUUUCCUUCUUUCCAACUUAAGGUGGUGGCUUGAAGAAUACAAAUUUGAUGGGUUUCGGUUCGAUGGAGUAACUUCUAUGUUAUAUCAUCACCACGGGAUCGGGUUUUCAUUCACGGGAGGCUAUAAUGAGUAUUUCAGUGAGGAAACAGAUGUCGAUGCAGUGGUUUAUUUGAUGCUUGCCAAUACACUGAUCCAUGGUCUCAUGCCCGAUGCAACCAUAGUUGCUGAGGAUGUUUCAGGUAUGCCUGGACUUUGCCGACCAGUGCUGGAGGGUGGCAUUGGGUUUGACUACCGGUUAGCAAUGGGCAUCCCAGACCGGUGGAUGGUUUACCUGAAGAAUAAGAAGAGUGUCGAGGAUUGGUCAAUGAAGGAUAUAACAUGGAGUUUGACAAAUCGCCGAUACACAGAGAAAUGCGUGGCUUAUGCGGAGAGUCAUGAUCAGGCUAUUGUUGGAGACAAGACAAUUGCAUUUCUGCUAAUGGACAGAGAAAUGUAUUCUGGCAUGUCCUGCUUGGCAGAAGCCUCUGUUAUUGUGGACCAAGGAAUUGCACUUGUCAAGAUGAUUCACUUCUUAACAAUGGCCUUAGGAGGAGAAGGGUACUUAAAUUUCAUGGGAAACGAGUUUGGCCAUCCUGAGUGGAUCGACUUCCCUAGAGAAGGCAACCAUUGGAGCUAUGACAAGUGUAGGCGUCAGUGGGAUCUUGUGGACAUGGGUCACUUGAGAUACAAGUUCAUGAAUGCAUUUGACAGGGCCAUGAAUUUGCUUGAUGAUGAAUUAUCUUUCCUUGCUUCAGAAAAACAGAUAGUAAGCAGCAUAGAUGAAUAUAAUAAGGUACAAUACACACAAUGGCAUAUAAAUAAAUAAAAAUUGAUCUAAAUAGGACUAAAUGGAAACUUAAUUUCCCAAAUAGGACUAAGGCCUAAAUCAUUCACAAAUAGGACUAAAUACAAAUUUCUGCCCUAAAUACCUUAAGAGUAUUAAUUCAUGAUAAAAUGUUUUAAUUGAUAAUAAAAUCGUAAAAAAUAAUAAAAAAUGAAUAAAUAUUUCUAAAAAAAUUAAAAACAAUUGAAAACAAAACUUAAAGAAUUAAUAAAAAAUAGUAAAAACCCAUAAAAAAAGUAUAGAUGCCUUUCCCACCGCCUCUACCGCCUCCCAGAACCACCACCUCCGAUCAGUGAAACAAAUGCCAUUUUUUCUGAAAAUGCCAAGAAAAUGGCAUUAUAUUACUUUGAUAAUGCCAAAUUUUUCAUUGAAAGUUGAAACUGCCAUCAAUAUGGCAUUACUAAUGCAUGUUGGCAUUUUCUUUUCCGGUAAUCGGAGCUGGUGGUGGCAGAGGCGGCGUUAUAUUUUUCUUUUUACAUUUAUUUUUUUAAGUUUUAUUUUUUUAAUUUAUAAUUUUUAUUCUUUUUUAUUUUUUUAUUUUUAUUAAUUUGAUUAAAUAUUUAUUUUAGUCCAAAAUGCUACAGGGGUAUAUUUGUCCAAACACACAUAAUUAGUCUUACUAGGGAAUUUAAAACAAUGUAGCCCUAUUUGUGAUUUAUGGCUACCUUUUACUCCUAGUUAGGUAAUUCUCUCAUAUAUAAAUAUAAUGCUGGGAUGUAGUAGUAUCAUUAUGAUGUUCUGUCAUUGAUGAUAUUAUAUUUUGUUAUGGGAGCCUUGGUGAACAAGUUACGGUGUUGGAGAGGUCACAUGUUCAAGUUUACACCCUUGUGAUGGGACUCUUCCUUGGAUCCUUGCCUUAUGGGGAUACCAAUGUGCACGAGCAUCCCUUUCUAUUAGUCAGGAUAUGAUCAUUUAAACAUAUAUAAUUAUUUUGUUGAUUCUUUCCCUAAAGUCAAGAGCUUUGUACUGGUAUACUUUAUUAUAAAUAGAGAAACUAAAUACACAAACAACUCAGUUAUUCUGACAUAUUUUUCACGCCAUUCAAGUUGGUAUUGGAGCACAGAUCUGUGAGCUUGAUAAAAUAAACCUAGGUCUCUUGUGGUCUAACAGUCCCGUUGACUAGCCUUUGUAGUCCUCUGCCAUAGCCAUAUUCCCGUUAUUUAUGUGUAUCAAGAAAGUUUGAGUAGUCCUGUUAUUCAACCACCAUCAUAAGGCUAACUAUUGAAACUAACCUCCAAACCUUCGAGUAACAUAUGUGUGUUUUCUAGUUACUCUUAUUUUACCUUUUUCUAUGGCCCUAGAAUGACCUAGAUCUGGGAUAUUCAUGUACUUCUACCACAGCUUCCACAAAUUAAGGUCUUGUGUCAUUUCUUUUCUCUAUAAUCCCUCAAUCACAUCAGCAAAACACAUUGGUAUGAAUUACAUGGAUUGGCAAGUUGUUGAAAUAUGGUUUCUAGUCCAAGAUUUGUUGGAUAAUCUCAUAACAAAGGAAAAUGACAUUGCUACUGCUGAAUGAGAUCAAUCAAAGAAAGCAAAAUAGUCGGUGUCUCUCUUACACGAGUCUAUCGAUCCAAAGCUUAUGGUUCACUUUCGGAGCUACAAAAAGACAUUUCAUGACACCUGGAAGAAGGCUAAGACAGUUUACUCAAAUGAUGUUUGAGGACUCUAUGUUGUUGUUCAGAAGAUGGCUACACUACAAAUGAUAGACUGUGACCUCCCUGCGUAUUUGAACAAGGGUCAAUCUACGAUUAAAGAAGUAAAGUUAAUUCUGACAGGUGAUGAGCCACCACACACAGUAAAUUUGAUAAAAUGUGUAUGGUGUUUAUCUUGCACGGUCUUCACAAAGGUAUGAAAUUUGUUUGGAACCAAAUGCUAACAAAUCAUAGUGUGCCUACAUCCCGCGUGAGUGGAUCUAAUUGAUCCUUUAUUGCGAGUUCCACCUUUGGAAGUCAUGCUAGGAGUUGGUUCUCAACCAGGAUCCAUAGCAUAAUCAAGUGCGCUUUAUAGUUUUUAUCCUGAUCUUAAUCAAGUGGCUAAGGGAAAGAAUCAAGCAAGCAGUUAGAGUUCUAGUAAUAUUAGUAUUAAUAUUAAUAUUAAUUAGCAAGCAGUUAGAGUCCUAGUAGUAUUAGUAUUAAUAUUAAUAUUAAUAUUAAUAUUAAUUAAUCCCUACUUUAAGUAGUGUUCCUCUGUUUUAGUUAUUUACAAUAGCAGUUUAGUUUCUGGUUUUGUUUUGAGAAACCCUUAACAUCUAUAUAAGGGGUUCUCAGUCAAGUUAAUAAUCAGCUUUUGGAAAAUUAACUCUGGGAUUUCUUGACUAGGUCAGAGAUCGGAUUAAUUCCGUUAAGCCUCUUAAGUUUUGUUCCUCUCUUCGUACUUGAUUAAAAAUUGAUUAAAAAACAUCUAUAUCCUGUGAUCGUUUAGAUCAGACUUUCCGCUCUCGGCCUUGGACUAGGUCACUUACCCGUGCCCUUUACAACUUGGUAUCAGAUUCUGGGACGAUGGGGACCGACGCUACUGUUGCUGAUUCCCUGAAAACCAUGAUUGAGAGUGUCGACCAAAGAAGCGUUUUAGGCUGCCGAGUAGCACGAAUCCCGAAGGAGAUAAGGCAAAACUCCGCCAAACUGGCUAUCUUGAGCUAUAUAUCGAAACAUUCCAACAAAUGUUGACUCACACAAUAGGGAUUUCAACUCAUAUGCAUGUUAAAGUAUUCACCGCCGGGCUCCGUGAGGUUGUUCGCAUGGAGGUUGAAUAUCGGAACUCACUUGAUCUUGACUUUGCUACGAUGCUGGCACAAACGGUUGAGCGCAAAAUCAGUUUACCUGCAUCUUCGCCUGCAUGCUCGGUGUGUCCCCAAUCAGUUGCUCGUUCAGAAUCAAUACCUGUUCUUGCUGCAUCAAACCUCUAUCAGCGCAACUCUAAUCCAAACUUUAAGAAGAUUUCUCGUGCAAAUUCUGCUAUCUGCAGAGAAAAGGCCUUUGUUAUAACUGUGACGAUCCGUGGGUUCGCGGCCAUCAAUGCAAACGAUGAUUCUUUAUUGAAAUUCCGGAUGAUUACCAGUCAGACGAUCAGUUUGAGCCAGCUCUCUCUGUUCAUGCUAUGACUGGAAUUGGAUCACUUCCACAAUGCAAUUAGCUGCAGCCCUUAACGCUAAACCCAUCACAGUUUUGGUAGAUUUGGGCAGUAAUCAUAAUUUUGUGCAAAGGUUGGUUUUAGAGAGUACCGUGUCGCUUCACCAGUGAUCCCAUCUUCAUGUUCUCAUGGCUAAUGGAGACCGUGUACCUAUUUUGGACGCCUGUCCUCGUCUCACCUUCCUCGUGGACGGACACACCUUUACUGCUGACUUUUGUGUACUUCUAUUGGCCGGGGUUGACAUGAUUUUGGGCUUUCAUUGGCUUUGCGGCCUUGGCGCAAUUGAAUGGGAUUUUUCACGUCUUUCAAUGCGGUUUUGAUGGCAGGGCAGCCAGGGCUCUCUAGUGGAAUGGCAAGAUCAUCCUAGCACAUCUACACUUCAGGCCUACAUGCUCACCACACCAUCUCCCAAAAUGGAGUCUCCUUGCUCAGUUUGAGGAUGUCUUCCGCCUGGCAUCGGACUGCCACCUCCACGCGCUUGUGAUCACAAGAUAACUUUGCUUCCCGGAACGAGCCCAGUGGUUGUUCGACCUUACCGUUAUCCAUAUUUCCACAAAGACGAGAUUGAGAGGCAAUGUUGUGAAAUGCUCAAGCAAGGUAUCCUCUACCCAAGCAGAUCUCCCUUUCCCUCACACGUCCUUCUAGUUUAAAAAACUGAAGGCACAUGGCAGUUUUGUGUUGACUACAUAGAACUCAAUUCCAGAACCGUUAAGGAUAAGUUUCCAAUUCCUGUCAUCGAUGAGUUGUUGGACGAACUUCAUGGGUUCAAUUUUUUUUUUAUAUAACUGGAACUGCUAUCGGGAUACCACUAGAUCCGCAUGGCAGAAAAGGAUAUUGAAAAGACAACCUUUCAAACUCAUCAUGGACACUUUGAAUUUUUAGUGAUGCCGUUUGGACUCACGAAUGCUCCAUCCACGUUUCAAGGCCUCAUGAACGACAUUUUUGCACCAUACCUAUGAACGUUUGUCCUCAUCUUCUUUGAUAACGUACUCAUUUAUAGCAAGUCUUGGGUCAAACAUGUCUAUCAUGUUCAUUGUUGAAAUAUAAACUACAAUGCUAUUAAAGAUGGAGAGAAGGAUUUUCUGUGUAUUUCAUUAGAGGGUUAAGGCCCUAUAUAUAUAUAUUACAAAGAUGGAAUAUUCCUAUAUAAGAUGCUAUACAAUAAUAAUGUCUAGAGUAUAUUCCUAAAGCAUAUUCUAGAGCAUAUUCCUAAAGCAUAUUCCUAGAUACAAUAAUACUUUCACACUCCCCCUCAAGUUGGAGCAUAGAUAUUUAUCAUGCCCAACUUGUUACAUAAGUAAUCAACUCGAAUCCCAUUUAGAGCUUUAGUGAAUAAAUCUCCAAGUUGUUCUCCAGUCUUCACAUACCCGGUAGAGAUUAAUCCUUUUUGUAUCUUCUCUCGAAUAAAAUGGCAAUCAACCUCAAUAUGCUUUGUUCUCUCGUGAAAUACGGGGUUGUUUGCUGUGUGUAUAGCAGCUUGGUUAUCGCACCACAACUGAGCAGGCAUUGGUGUCUUCAAUCCAAUUUCAUUCAAUAAAUGGUGUAUCCAUAUUAUCUCACAUGCGGAUUGUGCCAUAGCUCGAUAUUCUGAUUCAGCACUAGAACGAGAAACCACAUUCUGUUUCUUACUCUUCCAGGAUACAAGAUUACCACCAACAAAGACACAAUAGCCAGAUGUAGAUCUUCGAUCAUCUUUAGAACCGGCCCAAUCAGCAUCUGCAAAGCAUUCUAUUCUCAUGUGAUCAUGGUUUUGAUAAACAAUACCUCGUCCUGGUGCUCCCUUUAAGUAACAUAAUAUGUGUUCUACAGCAGCCCAAUGAUCAAUGGUCGGAGAUGACAUGUAUUGACUUACUACACUCACAGAAUAAGCAAUAUCUGGACGGGUGACUGCGAGAUAAUUAAGCUUUCCAACCAGUCUUCUAUAUCUUUCUGGGUCUUCAAACGGUGUGCCUUCUUGAGUGAGUUGCACGUUGGGAACCAUGGGUGUUGUACUUGGUUUUGACCCUAAUUUCCCUGUCUCAGCUAGUAAGUCAAGUACAUAUUUACGUUGAGAUAGAAAUAUGCCUUUCUUACUUCGUGUUACCUCAAUUCCCAGAAAGUAUUUCAAAGAGCCAAGAUCUUUCGUCUGGAAUUGACUAUGCAGAAAAUUCUUAAGGGCAAAAAUACCUGCAUUAUCACUCCCUGUAAUCACAAUAUCAUCAACAUAUACCACAAGCAAUGUGACACCUGAUUCUGUUUGUUUGUAAAAUACAGAGUGGUCUGAUUUGCCUUUUAUCAUUCCAAAUUGUUCAAUUGAUUGACUGAAUUUCCCAAACCAUGCACGAGGACUCUGUUUCAGACCAUAAAGAGAUUUGCGAAGUCGACAAACUUUACCAUACUCCCCCUGAGCAACAAAUCCCGGAGGUUGCUCAAUAUAGACUUCUUCCUUAAGGUCACCAUUCAAAAAUGCAUUUUUAAUGUCCAAUUGAUGUAAGUGCCAAUCAUGAAUUGAAGCGAGUGAGAUAAGUAACCUGACAGAUGUUAAUUUAGCAACAGGAGAAAAAGUGUCAGAAUAAUCAACACCAUAUGUUUGAGCAUAACCCUUCGCAACUAAUCGGGCUUUCAACCGAGCAACGGAUCCGUCUGGGUUAACCUUAACAGCAAAGACCCACUUACAUCCAAUAGAUUUCUUCUCUGUAGGUAAGUCAACCAAAUCCCAUGUACCAUUAAGAUCUAAAGCAUUCAUUUCCUCUACCAUGGCUUGACGCCAGUCAGGAUGAGACAGAGCUUCUUUGACAGAUUUGGGAACAGAAAUAGAAUCAAUGGAAGCAAUAAAAGAACAUGAAGCAGGAGAUAACUGAUUGUACGACACAAAUGAAGAAAUAGGAUGAGUACAAGACCGUGUACCUUUACGUACUGCUAUUGGGAGAUCAAGAUCUGAUGUGGAAACAAGAUCUGAAGAUGCAGAUACUGGUUCAGGACAUGAGAUCAGAGUCGAACUAGUAUCAAGAAAAGUAAUCACAGGUAUCGCCGGUGGAGGGUGAUCAGGUGCUUUGUGUCGACGGGUGUAUACCAAAUGUACGGGAGGCCUAGGGUCAUGAACAGUAACUUGUGGAAUAUUUGUCGAAAGUGUGGACUCAGGAAUAGUCAUCGUGUAAAUGAGAAUAUCGUCAUUACUCUCACGAAUAUCUGCCUUAGAUGAUGAAAAAGGUGUAUUUUCAUGAAAUGAUGCAUCAAUAGAAACAAGAUACCGACCAGUACUCGGACAAAAACAUCUAUACCCCUUCUGGACUCGAGAAUAACCCAAGAAAAUACAUUUUAAUGAUUUCGGAUCUAACUUUGUUAGAUGAGGAUUAACAUCUCUAACAAAACAAGUGCAACCAAAUAUUUUAGGUGGGAUAGGAAAAAGCUCUCUGUUUGGAAACAGACAAUGAUAAGGAGCUUUACCAUUCAAAACAGAAGAUGGCAUUCGAUUUAUCAAAAAACAUGCAGUAGACACGGCAUCUGCCCAAAAUUGUUUAGGCACAUUCAUUUGGAAUAGAAGAGCCCUUGCAGUUUCUAACAGAUGUCGGUUCUUUCGUUCCGCAACUCCAUUUUGAGGAGGUGUAUCAACGCAUGAAGUUUGAUGAAUAAUGCCAUGUUGAAGCAUAAAUGACUUAAAUGUAGCAGAUAGAUAUUCUUGGGCAUUGUCUCCUCUUAACACCCGAACAGGAACGUUAAACUGAGUUUUAAUUUCAGCACAAAAGGAAGAAAAAUGAGUGAACAACUCAGAUCGACGUUUCAUGAAAUACAACCAUGUCAUACGAGAAUAGUCGUCAACAAAGGUAACAAAAUAUUUAAAACCAGCUUUAGACACAACCGGGCAAGCACCCCAAACAUCAGAGUGAACAAGGUCAAAUGGAGCAUUUGCUCGUUUAUUAACUCGCGGGCCUAAGCUAGUACGAUGGUGUUUCGCAAAUUGACAUGACUCACAUUGUAAAGAGGUCAUCUUAUUAAAUUGAGGAUUUAUUUGCUUCAUUAAUGGGAGAGAUGGAUGUCCUAAUCGGUAAUGAGCAUCUAACAAAGUCCCAACCCCAAGACAAGAGAUACCUUUGGUGAUGGAUGUAUCCAAAAUAUAUAGACCAGCUGACUCAUGUCCUUUACCAAUAAUCUGCAUCGUUAACAGAUCCUGAAACACACAAUAUCCCGGAAAAAAUGUUACAGAACAGUUAAGAGUACGAGUCAUUUUACUGAUGGAAAGCAGAUUAAAUGCAAAAUUAGGAAGACUCAAAACAGGCGAUAAUGGUAAUGUAGAAGUUGGAACAACAGUACCAGAUUCAAGAACGAGUGAGGUAGAUCCAUCAGCUAAAGUGACACUAGAAGUAGGUAAAUAUGAAUGAAAUGACGAGAAUAGACUAGGAUUACCGGUCAUAUGAUCUGUGGCACCUGAGUCAAUGACCCAUUUCGAGGAUGAGGAAACAAGACACGUGUUUGAAAUACCUGAAUUAGCGGUUACCGAGAUAGGGACAGAGGAAUGCUUUAGAGUUUCUUGGUAGCAAAUAAAUUUGGCAUACUCGUCUGAAGAAAUAGCAAUUGAUCCAUCGGAUGAACUGGUAGCGGAAGCAACAUGAGCAAGCUGAUUUCCUUGAUUUUUGAACAGCAAUUUUCUACAUUCUUUGAUCAAGUGUCCGGGCUUCUUACAGUAAUUGCAUAUUACUCCUCUGUCAAAUCCACUCGUACAAGACAUUUUUUUUUUUAAUUUCUUUUUUUUUGUUUUUUUUUUGUUUUAUUUUUAUGAGAAUGUAAUUAGGUUCAAAAUUGAGAUAUCCAAUGAGAACUUACAGCAGCCCAUUUGUGGAAUCGACCUUGGAGAAUAAAGUUGGGCUUUGACUGAGCAGCCCGUUUGUGGACUCAACCUGGAGAAUAAAAGAUCCAGCUGUUUGGGCUUUGACUGCUAAUCCAGACGGAGGGUCGAUGCCAGAGUGCCAGACCUCAAAGAAGAACAGCCAGACAAAGGAGCGUGCGUAUGUCCGUUACGAAGCCUGGAAGGAAGAAAAGAUUUCCGCGUAGCCUGGACGAUCUCUUUUCGAUGUCAGCGUACUGAAGAGCUGGAAAGAAACGCAACCAUCCCAAAGAGAAGCUACAGCAGAAAGGCGAUAUGCAGGCGAGCUGGAUGGCGUUCUCCGAUCCGAAAUCUGGCCGCAGAAUGACGUCACGUGCCGGCACGUGAGUUGAGGUCAGCGAGCUGUGGCAGCGCGUACGUCUCAGUCGCGUAGAGUUUGGGUGUCAGACUUUGGUUUCUGGGUCGUCGAAGGUAGCCGCACCACCUGGGUACGGUGGUGAUGAAAUGUGUGGUCUGAGAAUUUCUUAGGUCUGGUGGGGCAGACUGUAUGCUAAUGAAUUUUCUAGGAAUUUAGCUCAGGCUAAUUGAUUUUCUGGGAAAUUAGAAUGGUGCCUAGAGGUUCUGAAGAAUCUGAUAAAACUGAACUCAAGUUCCUUGAAGGAAGAAUCCAGUCUGAAAAUUAAACUGAAAUAUGAAAAACUAAACUAGAAUGGAAGUCUCUGAUACCAUGUUGAAAUAUAAACUACAAUGCUAUUAAAGAUGGAGAGAAGGAUUUUCUGUGUAUUUCAUUAGAGGGUUAAGGCCCUAUAUAUAUAUUACAAAGAUGGAAUAUUCCUAUAUAAGAUGCUAUACAAUAAUAAUGUCUAGAGUAUAUUCCUAAAGCAUAUUCUAGAGCAUAUUCCUAAAGCAUAUUCCUAGAUACAAUAAUACUUUCACAUUCAUCUUGUCCUUAAAAAAAUCCAAUGCAAUUUUGGCGCUCCACAGGUACAAUACCUUGGUCAUAUUAUCCAUAGCAAUGGCGUUGGGGCUAGCGGGUUAUUACCGAAAAUUUAUUCACCAUUGUAGAAAAUGUUACAUUUAUUAUUUAUUAUCAGAUUGUGUACGUAUGUAGUUGUGUAGAUAAAAUAGAGUUGUUAGACUGCAUUUAUUAGCAGAUAAGUACUGCAGUUAGAUAGAUCCUAUUUUUUAGGAUCUGCACAGGGAGUUUGUUGUGUGUACUCUGUAUAUAUAUUCUGGCCGUAUGGCUCAUCAUAAUCAAGGAAGUUUUAUUCGUAAAACUUACAUGGUAUCAGAGACUUGGUUUAAACAAAACGAUGGUAGAAACCAGUGAUUCAUAUUCAUCACGCACUAGCAACCUUACCUCCCAAAUUAACUCUAUGACAAAUUACCAGUCUCCUAUCCAUUCAUCUAUGCUAAUCACUAGCCAUAGAUUGAAUGGAAAAAACUAUUUGGAAUGGUCUCAAUCUGUCAAGCUCGCAAUUGAUGGGAGGGGAAAAUUGGGCUACCUCACGGGAGAAAUCAAACCAAAACUUCCUGGUGAGGAAGGCUACAAUACAUGGAGGUCAGAAAAUUCACUUGUAACAGCCUGACUUCUCAGCUCCAUGGAAGCCUCAAUUGCAAAACCUCAUAUGUUUAUGAAGACAACAAAAGAGGUCUGGGAUUCCAUAAAAGAAACUUACUCGGACCUUGAAAAUUCUUCUCAAAUUUUUGAAUUAAAAACCAUUCUCUGGUAGUCCAAACAAGGAGAUAGAGAUGUCACCACCUACUUCAAUGAAAUGGUGUCUCUAUGGCAGGAGUUGGAUCAAUACUAUGAUGAUGAAUGGGAAAGUGCAAAAGAUCUGACCAAGCACAAAAAAAGGGAAGAAAAUGACAGGAUUAUAUGUUCCUGGUAGGAGUUACUCAAAGCUUUGAUGAAGUGAAGGGAAGGAUUCUGGGAAAGAAACCUUUGCCUUCAAUCAGAGAGGUAUUCUCUGAAAUCAGGAUAGAAGAAAGCAGGAAAAGGAUUAUGAAUAACACUCCAGGAUCUCAGAAUGAUACUGGAGAGUCCUCAGCAUUGGUGGUCAAGGGAGAUGAAAGAAAGAAACCAUGGUGUGAUCACUGCAAGAUCCAUGGAAAACCACCAGGAGCAGGAAAAAAGAAAUUUGAGAAAGCUUUACAUACUACCAUGCCUGAAACUGAACAGGAGCAACAAAUCAACUUCAAUCAGCCCACUUUCACAAAGGAACAGAUAGAGCAACUCCUACAAUUUCUAAAUACCCAAAAGAUUCUUAACCAGGAAACCCCUUCUUGUUCUUUUGCCCAAAAUGGUAAAAUUACAUCAUAUUUUUGUUCUGAAAAAUCAAAAAACACCUGGGUCAUUGACUCAGGUGCAACAAACCACAUGACCUCUUUUCCAAAAUUCUACUCCUCAUAUAACCCGUGUGCACGAGAUAAAAAAGUUAAAGUUGCAGAUGGCUCUUUUUCAGCCAUUGCAGGGAUGGGAAAUGUUAAAAUUUCCUCAAUCCAUUAACCUCUCUAAAGUCCUUCAUGUUCCAAACCUUUCUUGUAAUCUUGCCUCUGUUAGCAAAUUAACCAAAAAGCUUCAGUGUUAUGUUAAAUUUUAUCCUUAUUGCAUUUUUUCAAGAUCUGGCAUCGGGGAAGAUGAUUGGCAGUGCUAGAGAGGAAGAUGGACUCUAUGUCUUUGAUGAAGGAACUAAAUUGAAUAAACAAGGUCGGCCUGACUGGCAAGCCUGACGCUUGAGCUCCCUCUCCGUCGGGCUAGCAGGUAGUCUCCCUGUUGGGCUGGAAGGCAUGCUCCCGGCAGGGUCGAGAGGCAGGCUCCCUGCUGGGCUAGAAGGCAAACCUCUAGGUGGGCUGAAAGGCAGACCUCUCGUUGGGCUGACAAACUAGCAGGCCGUCUUGGAUUUCUGCUCCGUUGGACCUCCUUUCUUUGAUGGGCUUGAUCGGUUGCGCCGACUUGAGAUCUGGGUUCCUGGACCCACUGGCUAGGCUGGCCUGGUAAUUGUAUUUGAGCGUGGAGAUCUGGUGUUUGUAUUUAACUUUCAUCCAGAGAAAACAUACGAGGGGUACAAAGUUGGAUGUGAUUUGCCUGGUAAAUACCGAGUUGCUUUGGAUAGCGAUGCCUGGGCCUUCGGUGGACAUGGAAGGGUGGGCCAUGAUGUGGACCAUUUCACAUCACCUGAAGGAGUGCCCGGAAUUCCAGAGACAAAUUUUAAUGGUCGUCCAAACUCUUUCAGAAUACUCUCUCCUGCUUUGACAUGUGUGGUAAGACCUCCCUUUCCCCAAAAAGUCAAUCUAAUGUGUACCUUUAGUUCUAUAUUUUCUAAAGGGUCAAAUAGACCUUUGUACUUGUCACGGUUAACCGUAUUCACCUGUAAAAAUGAAUUUUGAAUGGUUUUUUUAAUUCAGGGUGCAAAUACUUUUUUUAAUUCUGGGAAUCAGGGACUGAAUUGAACAAACAUGAUAGGCAGAGGGUCUAUUUUUAAAAUCGGGAUAACCCCAUUUAAACCGGUACAUAGUUGUUAUGGCAAUGGCGACGGUGAUGGUGCACAUGCAUUUGACAAAAAAAAAACUAAAAAAAUGAAUUAUAGACACUAUAACUGUAUCACCCAACCACCAUACUAUGAUAAGACAAGUUGAAUAACAAUAUUCUAACCAAAACAUGUGAAGUUAAAUAUCAAGGUAAGGGUCAGACUGGUCCUCGAAAUUGCAUAAAAAGGAUCAAAUAAGUCCUUACUGUCCGGCCGUCGCCAUUUGGGGAGGUUCCCGGUGGAUUUUUUUGAUGAAUUUUUUUGAGCAUCUUAUUCAUUAAGUCUAGUUUACUCAUACCAAAUUUCAGCUAAAACUUCAAUCGGGAAGGAAUUCAAAUGAAUUCUUGAAAGUAACUGCGCAGUUAUCUUCAAGACUUCAUUUGAAUGUCUUCCCGAUUGAAGUUUUAGCUGAAAUUUGGUAUGAGUAAACUAGACUUAAUUAAUAAGAUGCUCAAAAAAUUUCAUCAAAAAAUUCCACCGGGAACCGCCCCGAAUGGUGACGGCCGGACAGAGCCUCCUAUAUAAGAACUUAUUUGACCCCCUUUUAUGCAAUUUCGAGGACCAAUCUGACCCUUACCUCUAUAUAUAUUCCUACAAGUCUACAACAUAUGUGUAUGUAUAUAAUUAGCUUAUGUAAUCAAUUAAACAGAAUAAAAAAGCUAAGUUAUUUUACUUAUUUAUAAUAGUAAACAACUAAGUAAUCUAUUAAGCAUACGAAGUAUAUAAUAUGUAAUAAAUUGUGUAUAUCUAUAAUAAACACAAUAUUCAAAGGUAACUUUAUUUCGAAUUAAUACAACAACAACAACAACAACAACAUCCAAGCCUUAGUCCCAAAAGAUAUUAGGGUCGGCUAACAUGAAUCGAUACAUGAUAUCACAACCAAAAGGAAAAGAAAGAAAAUAAAGAUAAAAAAGAUAAGCUAUUAUAAAAAGAUAAUAUAAAAAGAGAUGAAUAUACAUAAAAAUGAUAAAAUAAAAAGGCUACAAAUAAUGCUUACCAGAUAAUUCAGAAUAUUCAAACAAUAAAAAUAAAAUGAUUUAAUCGUAUAUUGUAUUAAUAAUAAGUUAAGCUAUUUAUUAGUUUACUUUAAAUAAUCAAUAAAAUAGAAUAAAAAACAAUAUGGAGGUCACGGUCAGGAAGGGAACAAACAACUGGGGAUUUGACUUAGAGAGUAGCCCGUCGCUGGCGAGUCGUGACUUGAGGUUGAUGCACUAUGGGAUUCAAAGGUGAUACAUAAAAUUUCUGAAUGUUUCCCAUGGAUUCCAGAUGCUUCGAUCCAGAUGAUUCAACUGGGACGCAAAGAGAGUAGCCCGUCACCAUGGCGCCGGCGCCCAAAUGGCGUCGCCACUGGUAUAGGUAUCGCCAUGCCCACAUUUCAUGGCGCGGGGGGGGGGGGGGGGGGGGGGGGAAUUGUGUGCCUAUGUAGCACGGAAACUCUUGGGAAGGAGUACGUUUCCGUUUCGGAAACUCUACGGAAACUCUUGGAAACUCUCCAAACAAGCCUUUUUUGGGCAACAUUUGACGUUUCCCGUUUCCUCAUGACUUUCACGUUUCCGUGCAACAUAGUUGUGUGCCACAUGGCGCACACGCCAUACAGCGCCAUCAACAACCAUGAACCAGGAUAACCCCAUUCAACAUGUGCUCCUUAUGAGCAUGCUAAUCCUACCCGGGUGUGUUUUUGACAUCAAACCUAGCCUAUUAUACCGCUUGCCCUUAACCGUUAAAAUUAAGCUACCGAUAGUGAAAAAUUCAAGCAAAGUUUCAGGGAUACUGUGUUUUGAUAAAAGUACUCUAUGUGAGGAAGUUUCGAGCCACCUUACGUCAUUCAUUCUUCUCUUAAAGGGUGGCAUUCCCUGAGCCUUUCACGGCUCCUAUCCUACCCUAAUCAAUAACUUUAUAUCUGCUAUUUGUUCCCUCUCAUUUUGCCUUUAUGAUUGGUGUAGAAAAAACUUUCUUUUAAUCCCUUGUCUAACUUUGAUGGCAUUGCAUUUCACUCAUUUGUGAAGGCCUAUUAUAGGGCUGAAGACAGCACAGACGAUGUGACUGCCAACAAAAUUAAGACCACGUCAACCAAUCUGGUGUUGGUGGCAAGUGUGGAGGAUCUCCAAGAAUUACCUACCGUAAAUAAUAAUAGCAUUGACAGUAAAAGCGAGACAGAAAAAGAUGUGCAGGAGUAGAAAGUAAUGAAUAUAGAUGAAGAUAGGCCAGAAGAACUCUGAGAUGAAGUGCCCGCUAGUAAAACUGUAACCAUGUGCACCAGUGUAGCGUCUGUGAGUGAUGAGGAGCCACAAGAAUCUCUCGCCACAAGUAAUAGCGGUAUCUGUGAAAGCAAGACACAAGGCCCGGAGGAUAAUAUAAUGAAUGACUCUUGAUGAUGUCCAGACAUAUAUUAGAAAAACAUAUUAUCUCAGCCAAUUCAAGCGGACAAGAGAAUUUGGAUUUGCAUGUAUUAAAAAUUUCCAUAAAUCCUCUUCAACAAAAAAAAAACCAUAAAUCUAUGUACGUUAUCAGGCCUGCUGUGCAUAUUAGCAGGGGUGUAGCCAGGACAUAGAAGAUGAGUGGGCCAGGUUAUCACUAUGAGUUAUUAUCAUAUUAAAUACGCC